UUCUUUUCUUUGCACUGCAAUGCACUUUGUAAAUGCACUGCAAUUUUAUUAACAUUUUACAAUAUACUGAUUGAUUUUUAUGUCAUUAAUCAGUUUACAUACAAUUAUUGUAUAAAUUUAUUUAAAUUGUGUUUUUAAUUUGUGUUUACCAUUAGUAAGUAAGUUACCAUUAUUUAUUAUUGUAUCAAAAUCAUUGUGAAACUAUUCUAAUUAAAUUAAAAUACAUUUUGUAAGGAUAAUCUUCAAAAAGUGUUUGAUUUACUGCCCGACAAUCACUUUUAACAUCGAUAGAAUUGGGUUUAUUCUCAUUUAGUCAUGAUGUAUCUAUGUUGUGUUGUAAUAUGAUUGAAAUUUUAAUAACAGAUUUUUGAAAAUAUGCAAAACGGCCGUCCAAAAAGUGAAAUAAUGGCACCAUUCUUAAAUUUAGUAAUUACUGUUAUUUUAACACGUCAAGUUGACUCAUAUUUUAUAUCGAAAGUGUGCAUAUCUAUUUAUUAUUUGAUAUGUUGUUAUCAAGACAAAUAUAACCAGAUUGUACAAAAUCUUCUACCCACUCAAUCAAAUGAACAAGUUGCGCAUAGAUUAGCCAACGCUUUUAAAAAGUUGACUGAACAUAUAAAUUUUCUCUGGAAAUAUGUUUGUAGAGAUAAAGAAAGAUUUAAAAAUUCUUUUGAUGAAUUCGUUGCUAAUUACAGGAAUUUUUAAUGAUUAAAUAAUAUUUUAUUGAUUUUUUUUUUGUAUCCAUUUAAGGAACGAAAAAGCAAAUUUUACCUUUAAUGUCAAAUUUAACAUAAGGAUAUGUCACAAAAGGAAUUCAUUAAGCAUGUAAGCUUUUUAUUGACCGAUUUAUUACACGUUACCACUUACAGUGAGUCUAGCGAAAAUCGAAUAAUUAUAAUAAUAAUAAAUACAAGUUACAGCAUCGAUGCAUGUCUUUUUCCAUAGCAAACGAUCAAAAACGAAAACGUUUUUGCAAUAGAGUUUUUAGUUACCUUACAAACAA